GGUAAAAUUAAUUGUAUAAGAACAUAAAGGAAAACAAGUGUAGCUCAUAAAAAAAAAAAAAAUUCCAAAAUAUGCCAAGACCCUCGCGCGAAUCAUAUGGCGAUCAAAAGCCUCCAUAUUCAUAUAUUUCAUUAACGGCAAUGGCAAUUUGGAACUCACCGGAAAAGAUGUUACCGCUAAGUGAUAUUUAUAAAUUCAUAAUUGAUCGUUUCCCGUACUAUCGCAAGAAUACCCAACGUUGGCAAAAUUCUUUGCGACAUAACUUAAGCUUUAAUGAUUGCUUUAUAAAGGUCCCUCGUAGGCCCGAGCGGCCUGGUAAAGGUGCCUAUUGGGCACUUCAUCCUCAAGCUAUUGACAUGUUUGAAAACGGUAGUUUAUUGCGGCGUCGGAAACGUUUUAAAUUGCAUAAACUUGAUAAAGACUAUUUAAAGGAAGAAUUAGCUACGUGGGCGCAUCUUAAUCGUUUCUUCUUUACCGGCAGUGCUACACAAAAUUCACCAAUGGCUCAAGCAGAAUUACCAUUCAUUGGUGAUUCUUCGAUAUAUUUUACAAGUGUGCCAGCUCUACAACACGCUGGCGGAAGUACAGAUUCCGCACCUAGUUCAACACCAGCUGCUUUAACAUUGGGUUACGGCCAGCCAGAGAUGUUAACGAAUAAUCAUAAAACGAUUUCCACUUUCUUAUCCCGCCCACCAGUAUUACCCACAAUCAUGGAUGUUGAAACAGCUAUGAGAAAGUCUCGACAAAAACGUUCUUUUACUAUUGAAAGUCUUAUAACACCAGAUAAAUUUGAUUCAAUGGCUAUUAAAAACAUUAUAACUAAUGAUGCCACAUAUGUUGGAGCCAAAGACACUCAAAACUUGGAGACAAUCGAGCAAAGCCAUCACGCCAUAAUUCCAACGGAAAAAAUUAGCCAUCAGUCACUUCCUCCACUACACACUAUUACUUCAGCUGCUAGUAAUAUACCAUUUUUGCACUACGCUUUAGGAUCUAGUAACUCUCAUACGGAUCCAUGUACAAAUCCUACUACGAUUUAUGAUAUUCCUGUGCAUCCAAUUUUAAUGAUGAAAUCGCCGCUGACAAAUAUGCCACCGUUGUAUUAUGCAAAUAUUGAUAUUGCAACAAGUCAUCACGGUACAUCUAAUACACAACAUCAACAGGUUUCCAGCUUACGAACAAUAUGAUAUCACUAAUUUCAGUUAAAAUUUUGAAAUUAAACUCAACAAGUCGUUUUUAGUUCCUUGUGGCUGAUAGAUAUAUGCAUAAGUGUACAGUAUGUAAUAUAUUACUUUUUAAUUAAUUUAAUUUUAGAGUAUCUGAUGUAAUCCGAUGUAAAGUAAAAAAAUUAGCUGCAUAAAUCUUAUAAUUAAAAAAUACCAUCUAGGAAACUAAUACUCGCCAAUCAAAAUGUCUACGAAUAUUUUAUAUAAUAAAUAUCUAGUCCAAUACAAUAAAAUACAUAUAUAUUUUUGAACAUAUUAUAUUAUUACAUCA